CGGAGGUCGCGGUCGAUCAUCGAUCACAUCCACUUACUUACCCGGAUCUACACCGCAUCUUUCACACAUUCUGGAGACGAGGCUAUUCGGACCGACCUGAGCCACUGAGAUCUAGAGGUAGACGACAGCCUCACGAGCCAACGACAUUCAUCAUGGACGAGCCGAACGGGGUCGAAAUCCCACCUAUCGAGAACGAAAUGACGGGGAAAACCACCCCAGUACCCAUCGCUGCAGGUCCAACCGAGCCCACCCGGAUCAACGUCCCCAUCCCCCCUAUGCCCUCAACUGACCGACCCAUAGAUUACUGUUUCUCCAACAUGAUCUACUGGCUGGACGACAGUAUCUCCUCGGAACAACGUGACGUGCUAGAUCGGUUAUUGAGGGAACGGGGUGGGAGGCCGGUAGCUCGUCGGGGUCGAGGUGACGAUCUCGAAGCAGACGAUAUGGGGGAUGGGCAUACGAAUGGAGAGCUUGGGGAACGGGACGUCGAUAUGGCCGCUGUCGUACCAGCACCGGAGCAUGCUCCCCCCGAUAACCACACCGAUACCAAUGCCGACCCCGCCAACAACGACAGCGAUCCGAACCUCCUCCUCAUCAACCCCAGCAUGGCACGGUUCGACAUCGACGCCUGUACGCACAUAAUCACUCGGUCUUGGAACAUCCUCGAGAGGCGGAUCAUCGAGCAAGACCCUAGGUUGAGAGAGAGGUUGAACAACGGGACCGGGACUGGGAAUGGGAAUGGGGAGGGUGUUAGUGGAGGUGGGGGUGCGGGGUUAUGGAUCGUCAAGCCAGAAUGGGUUACUAGGAGCGUUAUCGUCGGUUUACAAUCGCCGCAGCACUACUCGCCCGAUCCCAAGUUGAUCUUUUCGGGAAUCAUCAUCAAUUGUGCCGAGGGUUUCCCUGCGGGCGACAUCGACGCGAUCUACGGCGCCGUCAACACCUUCGGCGGGCAACAUCGUCGGUUCGCGACCAAGGAGAUCACGCACAUGAUCUGCGUUCAGCCUACACCGCAGCAGUUCAAGACGAUCACCGAGACGGGUUUGGGGAUCAAGAUUGUGCUUCCCGAGUGGAUCCAGGAAUGUAUCAAGCUGCGUCGACUCGUCCCCGUCGAACCGUUCGAAUUCACCUCGGCCACCACCCCACCUCCCAUCCGCAACGCCCUCCUCACCGACCCGGAAACCUCGGCGGGCAAGGUGAAGCGAGCGUUCAUCGACCAGGACGACCAUCAACGGACGCUUCUGUGGACUUCGAAGCGGGACAUCGACCAGGUGUUCGUGAAUGAACAGGACCCGAACGCCGUCCAGCAGACAGGGGUGUUUGCCGGGAAACGGGUCCUGUUGGGUGUCGAGCUGGGGAUCAACGCGCAGACGAAAGAAGCGCUGGAUCAAUGGGUGAUCAUGGCGGGUGGAGUGGCAGUAUCGGGAGAGGCCGAGUUGGAGAGCUGUGACGUCUACAUUACGAGAUGGAGGGAGGGACCUGGAUAUUCAGCUGCCAUCAAAACCGGCAAGACGGUCGGCACUCUGAUGUGGUUCUACUACGUCUUGCGAGUCGGUCGUCUGACUUCGCCUAUGGACGAACUCCUGCACUAUCCGGUGCCCAGGGAUGGUGUAACAGGUUUUGCUGGUCUGAAAAUCGCCAUCACAAAUUACACCGGCGACUCGAGAGAAUACCUGAAAAAGCUCAUCACCGCCAUGGGAGGGACGUGGACGAACGACAUGGCCAGGACCGAAAACACGCACCUCGUCGCGGCCAACACCCACAGCGACAAGGUACAACGAGCUCGACACUGGGGUAUCAACACGGUAAACCAUUUCUGGCUCGAAGACUGUUUCGUGCGAUGGGAGCGUGUCGGCGAGGGUCAUCCGCGUUAUACCGAUUUCCCGCCUGGCGUCAACUAUAUGAGCCUUCUGGGCUCAACACACCUCUCGGACGAGACGUUGGCUCGCUGGACCCGCAAGGCGAUGGCAAUGGGUGAGGAAGAGGAGAUGGGCGCGGUCGAGCAGGACGUACAGCUCGGUGAUCCCACACAACCGACUCCGAGCGCUUCAGCCAGGCCUCGAACGCCGGGUCCGCCUCGGGAACCAAAGAAGAAUGACGUUGACGGAGGAUCGGGACUGAAUGGUGAUCUAGACAUGGAUCUCGCAGACGAGACGACCCCAAAAGCCGGACCAUCUCGGCAAGUCCAAGCAUCUCGAUCAGCUAGUCCCAUACCCAAAAAGACACCCGCUUCGAAGCGUAGCAAGAGGCGAAGCGAGUCACUAGCGGGAUCGGCGGACGAAGACAGGCCUGCUCCUUCAACGACGAAGCGGCGACGAAAGGAAGCUAUGCCAGCGGCUCCAGCCGAAGACGCCCAGUUGCCGGUUCCGACGGGCAGAGCGAGGAGACAGGCUGCCACCAAAGCCGAAGACGCCGUACACGCCAUGGCCGAAGAUAUGAACCUGUACAAUCGAGAAAAGAAGCGCAAGGACAUCAUCCCGCCGUCCGAGAGAAAGGCUGCAAGGGUGAUCGAAGAUGGGGACACGAGCGAUGCGACGACGAAACGCGGUCGACGUAGAUCGAGCCGACUCGAUACCGAAACCGAGGCCGAGGCGGAAGACGGCGAGGUCGAGGUCAAACCGCAAGCCAAGUCUUCGCGCUCGAAGAAACAGCCUAUCAAACGCAAAACAAGUGACGAGCGAGAAUCCGAGGCCGAGGACGUCAAGCCCGUAGUCGAUGGCACCAGCAUCUACCUGGCUACUACCGGGACCGUGCUGAUGGCGGCGCAAAACAAGUUUUUCAAAAAGCACGGCGUGGUAGUUACGGAUGAUGGCAAAAAAGUUACACACCUGGUCGCAGAUAGCAUGAAACGCACUCCUAAAUUCCUCGUGGCAAUGAACGCAGCGCCAAUCGUAGUGACAACAUCGUGGGUAGAAGCGUGUGUCAAGGCGGACGAGUUGGUCGACGAAGCGGACCAUCUGUUGAACGACACGAAAAACGAAAAGAAACACGGAUUCAAGCUGGCCGAAGCGCUGGAACGCGCUGCAGAAGCCAAAGAACGAGGCGGUCUCAUGAUAGGGCAUCGACUGAUCGUCACUGCCGGACUGAAACCUACGCUCCCCUUGAUCAAAGACCUGAUCACCACGGCUGGCGGGACGGUCGAACUGCAUUCCAACUCGAAACGCCUGACCGUGGAACCGGGUGCCAAGACUUACCUGAUCAGCUGCAAGGAAGAUCGAGCGACGUGGAAAGCGUACGAGGAAAAGGGGGUCCCGAUCGUUGGCAAAGAAUACGUGUUACAAGGGAUCUGGUCGAUGCGACUCGAGCCGGACAAGCAUCCGUGCGAGUCGUGAGAGAGACAACGUAGAGCGGCCGGGAGUUGAUGUCGUAUAGAAGCGUGUCGUGAACGGCGAAUGAAUUGAUCAUAAUCGAGAAUGUCCCGGUUUCGUCGACGGUUAUGUGGUUGUCGAUUUGCUGU